AAGCUCCUCAAGCAGCCCCAGUUCUCAUUCUUUUGGGAGUGGGACUUGCAGGGUGACCUGGGGACCAGUCACCUCUCUUCCACUGAGGUGAAUAACUGGAAAGCGCCCAAAGCACCGCUUGUGAGUCCUCAGAGUUUCCCGGUGAAGAUGAAAACGCACUGCCUGCCACAAGGGACUUGUGUGAGUCAUUUUUCCACAGUGAAGGUGGUCGGGCAUUGCUCUGAUGGGGACAAGCGAGUCCCCACAGAAGGGGGAUGCUAUCCUGCAGUUGUCCCAUUCCACGGCACAGAAAAGAGGAGUACGGGGAAUGAGCGACCCACGGGCUCUGCUGCCUCGCUGUGCCCCCCAGAAAGGGUCAGGAACUCGCACUAGGGCGGGAUUCCCUCCAAAAACGGGUCUUGGACACCAGCCUGGGCAAGCCCACCAGGCUGGUGUUGCCUUCUUGGUGGCCACACCCCUCAGCAGUUUGAGUUUUCUGGGAAUUCUUCACCGGAGGAGAAAAACAGGAGCGUGGGCGAGCAAAGGAUGCCUGGCAUCCAUGGUGGCACCGGAACUGCCGUUGGAAACUGUGAGGGCGGACAAUAGGGUCGAAGCUAGGGAGGUUGAACUUGCUGGUGAACCUCUGGGCACAGAAUCUUUUCUAAUGGUGAUCAUCUCUGGCCCGGGCAUGCGGAUGCCUCCUUUCUGCUCCUGUGCCUGGGCACCCCCAGCAUGGUAACUAAACUCUUCUGCAUUCACCUUUAACUGCCAGUGGCAGAAGUGGUCUCUGGUCUGCUGACCCAGAUGGAGAACAGGGAUUUUGCUGCCGUGAUCCUGUACCAGCUGCAGCCUUUACGCCAAGAUGCUCAAGAGGAAAUCCUGCUGGAGCAAGGUGGCUGUGCCUCCCUCAACCGUGCUGAUACAGAAAGUCUGCUCGAGAGGUUGAGAAGUCCUGGAGGUCCUCAUCCUCCCCAUGGAUCCGGAUUUGGAAUCAGCAUGUGUGUGUAAUUCAAGAGGAGGUAUUUUGGAAAUAUUUGCUGUGUCUCAGGGGAUUGUAGGAAUACGAGGAGUUUUCAGCAACAAAUUUUUAGCGAUGUCAAAAAAAGGAAAACUCCACGCAAGUCACGGAGCAGGUGGGAGGGGUUUUGUACCCGUCCAGCAUGGACCCCAGGGGACAGAUUUGCCCAGGCCCGCUUCACGGUGGACUGCCAUUUCCGGGAGCGCUUCCAGGAGAACAGCUACAACACCUACGCCUCGGCCGUGCAUCGCAGCCCUCGCUCGGGGCGCCAGUGCCACAGGCCCCCGAGCUCGCCUUCACCGUUGCUCUGCCCGAGAAGAAGCCCCCGCCGCCAAAGCCCAAGGUCGCCCCGUCCCCGCCUCGGAAGAGCCCCAGUCCUGUCAAGUACCGGCUGAAGUUCCGCUUUGGGUAGUGCCACGGCGGGGAUGCUGCCGCUGGAGAGAGACCAGGCACCGGGGAGCUUUCGGGGCUGACCCCGUGGGAGACCCGUGUCUCCCUCUGCAGAUGGACACGGGAAAGCUCCCAGGUGGCCGUGCUGGGCUCGAGGCCUCCUCUUAACCGCACAAACUGGGCGACGUCCCUGGAGGCGUGUGCGAGAUGAGCAGCUCGGGUGUGCCAAAGAGAAUUCCUACGGUGAACUGCAAGCGCUGGACGGACCUCGGGUUAGCGUUCCGUUGUUGAAAGAACCAGAAAGGUACCUCUAUAGCGAACAUAUUCUCUUACCUUAUUUUCACUAGUGACUCCUUUGACAAUCAUCAUCAUACGAGAGAGAUGUUCAGAGCCAAGUGGUUUUCUUUGUUUUUCUCGUGUCUCCUUCUUGCUGCACUUUUUCUUCUGACCAUACCUCAGGCACCUUACACCCAGGUGUGUCCCUUUCCCUUCUAUUAGAAGCCAGCUCUUCCCUUCCACAAAUAAAACAGAGACCAAGCCCUGCGAAUUCAGUCGCCUUAUCUGUGGUAUGAGGUGGUCUUCAAACUCCUUGUUGGCAAUAAUAGAUGUGUAUAUAUAUUUUGUGAGGAUUGCAGACAUGGGGAGGGUGGCUGUUUGCAGCCCGCCCCGGUGGUCUCUCCUGUUCUUCCCUGGACAGCUGGAGGAGCGAGCCCCUUCCUGUCCAGCCAGGUACGGAUUCAAUGCCUGCUUUAAAAUACCUCUGCCACGAUGUCGGGGCAUUCCUGCUCCCUGGAGGAGUCCCUCCACAGCUAUCCCCACAGGACAGGGAUGCCUGUAGCCCCCAGGUGCCCACCGGUUUUGUCCAACAGUUUUUGCUGCUGAUUUAUUUUGUGGCUCUCAAUAUGUUUGCAGAGGCAGGGAGCAAGGUUUUUAUCUUACAGUGAGUGUGGCAAUAAAUGCUGUUACAGCUGCUCGUCUCUUCGGGAGUGUUUUUCCCACCCAGGUUGCCUGAUGGCCCUGAUGUUGAAUUGUUUCUCCGUCGUGGUGUGAUCUGUGGAAUAGUUGUGCACAUGGAGUUUGUAAUCAGUGUUUAGCAGUGUUUCUGUGUGUACAGGCACUGGUAGCAUUGAACCUCACCGGUGAAGCCUUAAUAGGAGCCCAGGUGGGCUCAGGUUGGUGGAACCCCUCAGGACCUGAGCCCUGCCAGCGUCCAUCAGAAAUAAUUAGCCUUCUCUCUACAUCUGAUUGUGGUACAAAUGGCUGUUUCCAUUGGAAUCGUGGUCCUUUGCCUUUGUCAUCUUUCUGGCAGCCCCUGGCCAGACAUGCAUGCU